GGUGAUCUCUACGACGUCUUCGCUCACUCCUCCAAAUGGCUGUGUAUGACCUCAACCUGACCUCCUCUCUGGAUGGCUUGCUGCUGUCAACGUCGGGUCCUGAGAGCGGGCAGGACGGGGGCGUGUCGUGGGGCGGGGAGUCCUUGAGUGAGGCCUUCAACAGCACCGGCGAGUUCGGGAACAUGUCGACGCCUUUUACUCAAGGUCCAGGAGUCAAGAGAUAUGUUUACCCUAUCAUGCUGCCGGUCAUCAUCGCCUUCUGCGUGGCCUCGGGACUGGUCAGCUGUGCGGUGGUCAGCGCCACACCCUGGGUCAGACGGCCCAUGUCGCCUACGGUCAGGCUGUCGCUGUCUCUCGCCGCUGCCAACACGGUCUUCGCUGCGUCCGUGUCUGUCGCACUGGUGGUCAACUCGUACCUUCCUUCUGUGCACAACAUCUCGACGGGGAUGUGCGUAGGCCUGACGCUGGAGGCUGUGAGGAUGGGAAGUAUCCUGGUGCAGAUCCUUCACCUGCUCGUCGUGGCACUCAAUCACUACAUUGGCACUCUCCGCCCGCUACACUACGCUGCCACGAUGACGCCCUCUAUCUUAAAGGUCAUCCUAGUGGCACUCUGGAUCAUUCCCAUGGUUGGCAUGGUUGUGGGCUUUGCGUCCAUCCCAGGGCAAGGCUACCAGUCAGAGGGCUGCCAGAACAACCAUUUUUACAUCAGUGGAAUAACGUUCCGGAUAGUCUGGACAGCUCUCUUCUUCGGCCCAACGCUCCUUAUCAUCAUCGUUUACUGCCACAUCUUCCACCUGCUUAAGCACAGAGGACCCCACCUGGUCAGCGCCGAACAGAGGAACCAAUUAAGGAGGAACAUCAAGGUAAAGAUGAAGGCGGAGGAGACGAGGUGGGAUGAGGCAGCUGGGAUCGACUGUAAAUGA